AUGUGCACGGAUGUGCCGCCUUUUGCGCCCACCGCCAACGAUGUUCAGAAGAAGGUGAACAAGUCUGCUGACAAGACUGAAAAGGAACUGGAUUCCUUGGCUCAUCAAACAAAAUCGAAGAUUGAUGAGGUCUCCGACAACCUUUCAAAGAAGGUGGAUGAUUUCAAGGAUGACUUGCCACAAAAAGAGGCCAAGGUCAAAGCGUAUUUCAAGAAGGCUUACAACUCUGUUGUGGGUACUGCCACCAGUCUCUACACAAGCAGCGUGGAGACUGUGAAAGAGAACCCGGUCACUACCUCUCAGCUCUUCCUCGCCCUCGUUGGAACAGCAGGAGCUGUUUUUGCUCUUUCAACUGACCCUGACGUUUUCAACAAAUGGAUCAGCAAAAGAGAGAACAAGGCAUUGGCUGGUGGAAUAGCAGCCACCCUUGCUGUUCUAGACGGUCUCUUCAUUUCCUACGUCAAGCAGAAGAAAUCAACGUAA